GCCUAUCCAUAGACCUACCCAGCCUACACCAUGCCCCCCACACCCUCCAGGGACCGCCGCCCCCGCCACGCUCCCCACCCACACCCCCUCCCAUGCCAGUGCGCCAAGAGGAAGAGGAAAAGAGAGAGAAAAUUGUUGUCUCUCCGUCAUUCACUCCUUGUCUUCUUGAAACGGGUAAGCGACGGCCAGGUGUGUGCAGGUGUGGCCAGACUGGAAGGCAGGAUGUGGAGGUCGUGGUGGUGGUGGGACAGCGAGGGGUAAGGACCCAAUGCAACAUGUCUGAAAAUGCCACAGAACGCCCACAACCCAUGCCUUCAGCGCCCUGCACGCCCACCACGCCCACGCACAAUGCUCCGGAGGGCGUGGGUGGCGGCGGACAGGGGGGCCAGGGCGUGGAGGGGGCGGAGGCAUCAGUGAGGAGUCGUAGAAAGCUGGAAAAUGCAGAUAGUAGUUACGACAGCGAUUUUGACCCCAGCGAGAGAGGCGAGGACAUUGAACAUGGGGAUGUCUGCCGUACUGUUUCCGACACGUUAGGAGCAGAAUUCGCAGAGUAUGUCACCAAGUACUCCCCAGCUGCCCCCCCUGCACCGCCCCCCGUCACCUCCACCACCUAUACGCCCCCGAAACCACCCCCUCCAUCAACGCCCCCUACUACUACCACUACGACAACUACAACUUCAACUGCAAAGCCUGUUUCCAUCUCCACUCCAUCAACUACCACCUCCAGUGUCUCGACCACUACCACCACCUCUACUGCCACCUCCACUGCUGCCACCUCGUCUUCCACCACCACCACCACUACGACCACUACCACCAAAGACACGACCUCUGUCCCCACACUCACGCUCACACAACCCACGGCGCCCAAAUGCACUACCACAGAUGCAAAUACUACUACAACUACUACUACUACUACUACUACUACUACCAGUCAGAAAGCCACAUGUACGACCACUACGACUACUACGACCACUCCUACGACCACGGACACCGCCAAACCCACUUAUGCUACGCAGGUUGAGUUUGGCAUCAAGUUAGGAUAUUCAGAGAGCAAUGUCCAAAUGGCUCUUAGUAAAUUAGGAGCCGCGCCUGAUAUUAACGACCUCCUGGCGGAACUUAUACGACUCGGCACGACCCUCCCCAAGACCGAAGGAGGAGGAGGAGGAGGAGGAGAGGAAGACCGGGAAGAUUUGAGCAGCAAGGAAGACCAUUUACUACCACAACUAGAGUCACAACAACAACUGUUACAAGCACCUUCACUCCGGCCAGUUAUUAUUGACGGCAGUAACGUGGCGAUGAGCCAUGGCAACAAGACCACCUUCUCAUGUCGGGGUUUGCGUGUGUGUGUGGACUGGUUCAGGGCACGGGGACACUCCGAGAUCACUGUCUUUGUCCCCGCCUGGCGCAAGGAACAACCUCGCUGGGACACACCCAUCGCGGACCAGGACUUGCUGUUGGACCUGGAAAGAGAGAGAGUGCUGGUCUUCACGCCCUCCAGGGUGUGUGCCGGGAAGCGCAUCGUGUCUUACGACGACCGGUACAUCCUGAAUGAGGCGGUGCAGAGCGGCGGCGUGGUGGUCAGCAACGACAACUACCGUGACCUGGUGGCCGAGUCGUCCGGCUUCAGGAAGGUGGUGGAGGAGAGUCUGCUCAUGUACUCCUGGGUCAACGGCCGCUUUGUGCCGCCGGACGACCCCCUCGGCCGCAGCGGCCCCACCCUGGAGGUAUUCCUGAGGCGCAGCGCCCGGGACAAGGACAAGCAGGCCCCGUGUCCCUACGGCAGGAAGUGCACCUACGGCAACAAGUGCAAGUACAAACACCCAGAGAGAGGCACUGCUCCUGUCAAGUCUGUGACGGAGCAGCUGCAGGAACAGGCACAGCGCCACUACCAGAGCAUGGGCCAGAGCAGGGACCCCUCACCAGGAGAGGGUCUGCGCGGGUCAGUGUCGCUGCCGGUGUGUGUGGGCGGUGAGGGUGAAGCGGGCAAGAAGCCACUGCAGCGUACCCAUUCCAUCGUGCCCACCGUGUCCCUCACCCUGCCCUCCGCCCUCACCCAGGACACACCCACCCACGACCACAGCCCCACCACCUCUGCCACCUCCGCCUCCUCCCACCACCACCUCAUGCCGCCUCCGCUGGACCCACUGCGCUCCGCCACGCUGUACAAGAGUGACCCGGCGCUGUACCGCCUCUACCCCUCCCAGCCCCACCACCACUAUGGCUCCUCCUGGGGAUGGGAGGGCGGGCAGGGCAGCCAGGCCGGCCCCUACAGCCCCCACCUGCCCCUGUCCAAGCAGCAGAGUGACCCCGACCCACAGGACAACCCACACCGCAAGCUACACCGCCAGCUCACCCUCAACCCUUCCUACGAUUCCCGCCUCUACAAGAUAUACGGCUUCAGGGAGCCCGCCCCGGAGCACUUCCCCCUCGCCGCCCCCAACCCCUCUCCCACUCAGAACCCUAACCAAGCCCAGCAGGGCUCGCCCAGCAGAGUGGGACGGGGCGAGGGGGCUGUGUUCCCCCAGGGGCAGGGCCAUGCCUCACCCGGCUACUCCUCCGCCCCAUACAGUGGGCGGGAAGGUGUCCCCGGGGGCCUGCACACCCCGCUGACCCGUGGCGCCUCCCAGGAUGGGGCCAAGCACCUCCCUUCCCUGCCUCCCCACCUCUACCCCACCUACUCCCACCCACAUGUCACCCGCUUCGCCUCUGCCCCAGACCCAAUCUGGGGCGGCCCCCACCAGCCAGCAGCCGCCGCCGCCGCUGCCGCACCGCCACUCAUCAAGCGCCUCAACUCCACCUCUGACACACGCCUCAACCUGUAUGGCAGUGAGCCUCACUACUUCCCUGACCUCUACGAAGACUCCCUGCCUCGGCCCCCCACCUAUGCCCCUGUGGGACCCCCACCAGGCCCCUCCCCUGCCCCGGGCCCUGUAGGAUCCCGGCCCAUGUCCCCACAGGGUGCAGCACUGCACCACUCGCCCAGUGUGUCCCCACGGGGCCACACGCAGACCCCCAGCACUGCCCCGCCCCCCACCAGCACCUUUCCCCCACCUGGGCAUGAGGACACCCGGCUGCGCGUGUUCUACCACCUGUCACAGCUGUUCCCCGAGGCCAAGGUGCGCGGUGUCAUGGCGCUGCACCCUGAGGAGACCGACCCACAGAAGAUAUGCGGCUACCUGCUGGCAGCGGCAGCAGCGGCAGCAGCAGCCCCUGGCACCUCCCGCCCCAUGUCCCCACAGCACCAGCAGGCUGCCACGCUGGCCCCCGCCCCUCCUUACCUGCUGCAGCCGUUCUCUGGGGGCUCUCUGGCCAGCCCACCUGCCAGCCAUGAGGACGCCCGCCUCCGAGCCUUCUACCACCUCUCACAGCUGUUCCCAGAGGCGGAGGUGCGUGCCGUGCUGGCCCGCGCCCCCGACGAGACAGACACACAGCAGUUCUGCGCCGCACUGCUGGCCCGCCGCGCCCCACCACAGUCCUGAGUGCACCAGCGGCAGCAUUGGUGGUGGUGGCAUUGCAAGGUGGUGAUGGUGGUGGUCAUGGUAGUGGUGAUGGUCUGCAAGCAUUCAUGAUUGUUAGAAAAGGAGUGUUUGUACGUGUGUGUGAGUGUGUGAGUGUGUGAGAGAGAGCAAGAGGUAGAUAGUAUUAAUGUAAAUACUGGUUAUAAUUUAUGUGCAGGAAGAUGAGGAAACAGCAGCAGCAGCAGCAGGAGGAGGAGGAGGAAGCAUUGUUGCCGCAGACACUCAGCUCAGAGACAGAUGGCGCCCUUGAGUUCUAUACAUAUACAUAUAUAAAUAUAUAUAUAUAAAUAUAUUUACAGAUAUUUCCAUAUAUGCUUAUUAAUGUGUUACCAAGAGCACAGAGAGAGGCGGGAGUGCCAUAGGCCGGCCGGCGGGCAACCAACACUGGGGCGGAAAUAUUGCUCACUAGACGCUGAUAGCUACACUUGACUCAACAACACCACCCACCCACCCACCCUGGCAGGCAGGCAGGCAGGCAGGCAGGCAGACUUAGUCACCAGACACCCGAGCAGUGAGUUGGCACAAACCUUUCAGGUUGGGGAUGCGUUACUUGGGUAGCCACACAAGAGAUUUGUCAUUAUUUUAUAAUUACAAUUAAUCAUGAAUGAAUAAAGGGUUUUGUUACUUUGGCAACCCUUUCUCUUCUUUAUGCAAUGUGUGUGCGUGUGCACGUGUGUGUGUGUGUGUGUGUGUGUGUGUGUGUGUGUGUGUGUGUGUGUGUGUGUGUGUGUGUGUGUCUAGUGCAUUUUAUGUGUAUGUGAGUAUGUACGCGCGUGUGCGUGCGUGUGGCAGCGUGGGGCGGUGAGGGCAAGCCCGCCCCGUCCCCGCUGUGCCCCGCAGCGCACAACAUUACAAUACUAUGUAUUGUGGGCUGUACUGGGUGUGUACCCAGCAUUGUGUGACCGCCCCGGCGGAGACUGUAGCUCAUAUUGACCUUGGGGCAGCCAGGUCGGGCACACCAACGCCCCGGGGCCACGGUGGCAUGGGGCAAACCUGUGUGGCCCCACAACACUACCUCUGCCACAACAAUCAGUGGCGGGGCGCCCCGGGGUGAGGAGUGUCUGGCUGUCGGUGUUUUGUUUCAGUGUGUUGGUACAUUUUUGAAGGAACCUUUCCCCGCGGGGUGAUGCCCCCCCCCAGUAAUAAAGUAGGAAGGAUAA